AUGUCAGAUCUGUACACUUCUCUAGGCAUAUCACCGAGAAAGAAGCGUCGUCUGGUAGAGGAUGAGGAUGAUCAGACCUUAACGCCUAAGAAAUUACGAACUGCGCCACCUUCUCCACCCAAGACUGUCACAAGGAAACGGACAGAAUCUGCCCCUACGAAACUCCCAUCGCAUCUGAACCGCCUCUACACAGUUCAAACAGCCUUACAGCACGCGCUUUCACAUGCCUUGGCCACUUGUGCUGUGUCGCCCUCCUCAGAUACCGGGAUCGUGCGCAACGUGCUCAACCACCAGUCCCUACACUCUUAUACGGGCCUCACGACUGCCUUCGAUGUGAACGACCUGAAACGCCUCUGCUGGCUGUGGGAAUGGGACGGCAAAGAUAUCGCAUCCCCAAAAACGACCGCGAAGAAUGACAGCGACGACAAUCCAUUCCUCGAAGAAGAAGCCCACUCGUCUCAGCAUAAGGACUGGACCCGUGGCGCUAUGGGUUUUGUCAUCAGCCCGUCUACCCAUUUCUCAAAAACGGCCAAGUCUCGCCUACCUGCAUACGGAAUCGGCAUUGAAGUCGAAGUCGAUAUUGAUAGAGAUAUGGGAAGUGGUAUGGCCUCUGUUGCUCGCUGGACCGCUGCGAGCGAUUCAAGGCGGAAAGAGGUGCUAUCUAAACUUCAGCGAUGGGUCAAGCUUCAUUCAGGGACGGACCCGAUUCCAAAUAUACACAUGGCAGAUCUACCACAAUUGAACAUUCCUCCAAAGCCAUCUACCUUGACGCGACUCCUUGCUUCAUCCUCACCCAAGGCAACGUCCUCGAUCGCGGUACUAGCGACUCCUUCGUCUCCCACAUCUCCAUCGAAGAAGCCUGCAAAGUCUCCUGUCAAGAAACCUCUCAAAAGCUUCGAUGAACCUGCGAUUCCCUUUCCCAUACUACCAGCGCCCAAAUUCAAUUCAGACUCCACAAACUCGGUACCAUUCCCAAAGACUCCCUCACGGCAUUCUCGCGGUGAUUCAUUGAUUGGCCUUCUGACUCCGCAUACGCCUUCCACGAGCCCGUCUCGAACAAUUUCUGGAGAUUCGCUGCCUUCAACGCCGGUUCAUCAGCGCGGACCUCAUGCCGUCACAGUGCCACAAACUCCCACAAGUUCUCGUCGAGCGGCACUCUACGAUCGAAUUCGACAGAAGUCCGUUACAUCGACACCGUCUAAACCUGUUAACAGCGCCAUUCCUCAAGGAAAGCUCACUAGAGACCAGUUGCUGAAGAUGAGCCAAGAUGAAAUGAGACGUCGUGUGCUCUUGGGACGGCUUGGCGGAGUAGCCGAGAGUGUUUGGAUGCUGUUCUCUGCUCCCACAGGGACUACCAUCGCGCCUGCAACUCGAAAACGUCGAGCGCUUCCCAUUUCAGAGGUGAUCGCUGCUAUCUUGAAGUCCUCUCCCGUCCCCAUCUCUGCGGCUGAGGCGCAGGAAUCCCUCAACCUGCUCACGUCCAUCUGUCCUUCGUUCAUUAAGCCACUGGACAUCGGUGGUGAGGACUGGUUAGAGAUUCCUGCUCAGAAUCAGACCGAGAGUGGACCCAAGCCUCCACCCAGUCCUGGCAGCAGUCGGAGCAAGGAUGACAUCGCCGCGGAAGUAUUGACUCGCAGCCCUAGAAGGGUGAAGCGAGAAGGCGGUGUCCUCAGAGACGUGCGAGAACGGAUUCGGAGAGAGCUAGAGCUCGCCGAUUGA